CGCCGCGAUACAGAAGUUGAAGGGGACGGUCAAUCUCAUCCAUACACACACCACCGCCACAAUGCCACCAUUCAUCUCCUCCCUUGCCCUCCGCACACUCCGGACCCUUGUCCAGCGUCCUUCUCUCACAGCCAUUCCGACAGUCUCGAGGCCAACCAUCUCCCGGUUCCAGCCCGUCCUCCGCACACCCACCGCCAUCACAGCAGCAAGAGCAGCAGGUGCAGGUCCUAUCACCCGUCAUUUCUCCACCUCCCCCUUCCGCCAGGCAACCUACAACCAAGUCCGUCGCGGAUGCCCCCAGAUGAAGGGCGUCUGCCUGAAGACGGGUAUCACGAAGCCCAAGAAACCCAACUCCGGUGAGAGGAAGACUGCAAGAGUACGACUGAGCAGUGGGAAGGUAGUGACGGCGUAUAUUCCCGGUGAAGGUCACAAUGUUCAGCAGCACAGUGUGGUUCUCGUCCGUGGAGGUCGAGCCCAGGAUUGUCCUGGUGUUAAGUACCAUUUGGUCCGGGGAGCGAUGGAUCUGGGUGGUGUUGCGAGUCGGUUGACGAGCAGAUCGAAAUAUGGUACUAAGAAGCCCAAGAAGGAUUAGAAGCUCAGAAGUCGGCCCUGUGAUGACUUUCCAUUCCAGUAGAGGGAUGCCGAUUCACACAUUGUACAAUUUGUUCCAGAAUUUCAUUUUAACAAUUGGUCUGGUUGUCGUCAUUUUUUUUGUUGUUGAACAGCUAUGUACAUGUAUGAUGCAGUUUGCUAGAUGGGCUGAUAUUUUCUUCCUCUGACAUGAUAUCAGGAAGCCCAUAACACAAAUGAUCAUCCUUUUAUAUCCUCCUAUGCUCGAUUAAACAUAUACUAACCCAAGCAAAAGCCGUCCCGCAAAACCAGAGCAGCGAGCAGGGGAUUCAGUAGUCAAGUGUACGCAAAGCUGAAUCCCGCAGAACAUCAAAGUCAAGUUGAAGACAGCUAUCGGUAAUUUGAACCGACGCCAGCGUUGCCGACGCCCUCUAAGGACAGACAAGCACCAAGUGAUAGGUACUCAUCAUUA